AACUACCAGUCAACUGCUGGGGUUGGAGUGCCUUCUUGGUGGACCAUAUAAUUUCUAUGCAAAAGCACACACAAGUCCUUGGUUUGUCAAUUUCAUCAAACAAGUUCAUCUCUUUAACUCUGUAAAGCUCUUUCCUUUCUGCAAGUUUGAUCAAAGCAAGUGAGAAUGGCCCGACCUGGAAACAAGAUCAUACAAGCCAAAUUGGUGCUUCUAGGAGACAUGGGAACUGGGAAAACAAGUUUGGUACUAAGAUUUGUCAAAGGCCAGUUUUUUGAUCACCAGGAACCAACCAUAGGAGCAGCCUUUUUCACUCAGAUUCUAUCUUUAAGUGAAGCCACUGUUAAAUUUGAUAUUUGGGACACAGCAGGACAAGAACGAUACCAUAGCUUGGCUCCUAUGUACUAUCGCGGUGCAGCAGCAGCUGUAGUUGUAUAUGACAUCUCAAGCACGGAUACAUUCACUCGAGCUAAAAAAUGGGUUCAAGAAUUGCAAAGGCAAGGGAAUUUAAAUUUGGUGAUGGCAUUGGUUGCAAACAAGUCUGACUUGGAGGCAAAAAGGGAGGUGGACAAUGAGGAAGGGGAGCAAUUUGCACAAGAUAAUGGGAUGUUUUACAUGGAAACUUCAGCCAAAACCUCACAGAAUAUUAAUGAACUUUUCCACGAAAUAGCAAAGAGAUUAGCAAGAGCUUCCCCAGCAAAGCCUAUUGGAAUGACUCUAAACAAUGAAACACGAGAUAGAAGAAGAAAAUCAUUUUGUUGCUUGGUGGGGUGACUAUCUUUUCUUACAUAUAUUUGGGCAAGUGUUUAUCGAAGGAUCCGUUUUUGCCUCUUGGUGAUUCAGCUGGAGGUUGGUUUCUUAUAAGUGUAACAUCGUCAGAUGGAGUCUCAACAAACUGCUCACAGGUUCAAAGAUGUUAUAACUUAAAAUUGUUCAAAUUUAAAGAACAGAUUUUCCUUUUUGUAUAUGAGUGCUGAUAACGUUACGUCAUGCAACUUUAAUCUGUAUAUAUAUAUAUUCUUACAGAUCUUACAUAAUAU